AAUAAAGCAUUGAAUUUGAAAACAUAAAUAUAUUGCAAAACAUAAACUAAUUGUAUGUUUUGUAUGUAUCGUACGGUUUGAUUGAUUCAGUCAUUUGAUUGAAUGGUUCAUACAUUCAGUUGAACUAUAGAUUUGACAAAACAUUUGAUUGUUAUAUAUCUCGAUCACAACAAGUGAUGGCCAACAAUAACAAGUCGUCAUUUGAUCGGUUCGGCGAUGAUUUGGCGGCACUUAUACUGAGAUAUCUAUCACUUGAAGAUCAGUUGCGUUUAGAGUGUGUAUCCAAACAGAUCCAGUCGUGUGGUAUUCAACGCCGGACUAACAUAAAUGUCGAUUACAAUCUAAAACUCAAACUAAGAGUUAAGAAAUUUUCGGCCAGAGGUUACUUUGAACCUAAAAACUGGUCGUCAAUUAUGAAGAGAAGUCCAAAUGUUCGUAUCGUUUGUAUCGAUGACUUUGGUCGCCGAGAAAUACAGUUUAUAAAAGCCAUUCAACGAUUUCGUACACAUUGGCCACAUCUGCGGGAAAUUGACUGCACUGUUGGCAAUAUGGCCGACAAAGACAUCAACUAUUUGUGCAAAACGUUUCCCCAAAUGAUUAGUAAAAUUGGUCUCUUUAUGUCCACACAAAUAGAGUUAUUGAAACCAUAUUUUUCAUCAAUGACUGCACUCCGAGAGCUAUCAUCGAUACGCGAAAUAGACGACACGUUUAGCGGCGACCAAUUGGUGGUCAAAGAUUUGCGUCGAUUGACUUUCGAGUAUCGAUUGGAUAAUCAGUUAACUCAAGACAAACUAAACCGACUCAAAAUAUUCAUCGACGGCAACAGUCAUCUCAAAGAUCUUAGACUGUAUAUCAAGUUAACCGAUUCGACUACUAUUCUGUCUUUGCUGUCACUUAUCGGUAGAUUUGAAAAUCUGGAACAAUUGGACUUUAGAUUUGAUUUCAGAAACUGCUAUUCGAUAGCCAACUCAUUGGUGAUAAUUGCCAACAGUUGUCGCCGACUAAAGUCAUUGAAGAUUGAAUUAAAAGCCGAUUGUUUGGACACAUAUAUGGAUACAUACAAUGCUAUGAAACUGAUGAAACAUUUGAGACGAUUGGAUCUAAGAGUUUUUUUUAUCAACAAAAAUAAUUAUAAAUUUAACGACGAUUUAAUUGAUCCGACAGCGUAUGCAUCACUCAAACCGGUUAACUGUUGGCCACAAUUGACUCAUUUAACAUUCAAUUUAUCACAUUAUGACCGGCAAUUCUUCAUGGAUUUAGACCGAAAUCUACCGAAACUUCAGUAUCUAUACAUUGAUGACCGGUUGGGUGUAAUCGACGACUUAUGUAUUGAAUUCAUAUCAAAACUGAAAUCAUUGAUAACAUUAAGAAUUAAUACGAAAAAUCAUGAGUCAAUAAAUCAGUCAGAAGUGGAUCAACUGAUCAACGGUUGUCUCAAAUUGAAGUUAAUCUGUAUUAAUGUCAUACCGUUUAGUCUCAAAAAUAAUAAUAAGUUUUCUUUAAAAGAAAAUAUAAUUCAUCAAAUGAGAGGACAACUACUAAAUGAUUACUUAUAA